AUGGCUAAGAAUGACCUCCAGGGACAUGUCAAAAGAAACAUGAUGCCCCAGACUUUACGGAAGAAGAGACAACUUUUAUCUGAGACCAAGCAUAGACGUCGUGAAAGAUCUGAACUUCCUUUGAGGCAGACCAGCUGCAUUUUCAAGAGGCCAGUAACAAAGAUAACUUCCCAUCCUGGCAAUGAGGUCAGAUACAAGAAGCAAGAGGAGAACCUUGAGAAGCCCCAGCAAGUCUGUGCAUACAGGAGACUGCAGGGACUCCAGGCCUGCAGCAGCGAAGGGGAGCCUUUAAGUACAUUGGACGUCAUGAAUACCAUGAGUACAAUCGCACGGAGAAGUGCGGGUGGAUCACUGGGUUGUGCUGGGCCUGCGUCUGUACACACCAGCCCCGAGCCCACCACGGCAGGGUCUUCAAAUUGGGCCGAGAUAAUCCCAGGGACAGGUCUCUAUGUCCCACAGCUUCUCUGCAGACAACCGGUUACCCGUGCACAUAUCCGGAGACAGACUCUGAAAGUGAAAAAAGCGAGAGAGAGACUGGCUGUGGCCUUGAGGGAAGACAGGCUGGCCAGGGAGGCAGAGAGAGCCAGGAGCCCAGAAGGACGUACUGAAAAUUAG